AUGGACUUCUUCUUCGUCUCUCUCCCUCUCCUCCUCCUCCUCUUCAUCAUCAUCUAUUCCCAAAUUAUCUCCAAGAAACUCUCACCAAACUCUAAAACCAACCUCAAAGCCUACCCUUUCCUAGGUCACAUCCCUCAUCUCCUCAAGCAUCGUCAUGACGCCCUUGAAUGGAUCUCCACCCUCCUCUCCGAGUCCCCCACCCAUUCCAUAGUCUUCAACUUCCCCUUCCACACCAAUGGAUUCAUUACCUCCAAUGCUACAAACAUUGAGCACAUCCUCAAGACCAACUUCUCCAACUGCCCCAAAGGCAAUCAUACCAUCUCUUUUCUUGAGGACUUCCUCGGCCUCGGCAUCUUUAACUUCGACGGCGAUCACUGGAACUGGCAACGCAAGGUCGCCAACUACGAGUUCUGUUCAGGAUCUGGUUAA